CACUCUAUAAAAUACUAAUGAAUUGUUGCUUUUGAAAAAGGUAAAUAAAUGAUUGAAAUAAAGGCUAAAUUGGUUCGGGCAGAUUCGGCUAUAUACGCCACUGGAGAGAGAGUCGAGUGCCUUAUUGAGUUCACCCACAAAGUCUUCUCGGACGAACAAAACACAUCCCGCAGCAAGAAUGCCAACGAAGCAAGCCAGGAAAAUCUCGCCUGGGCGUCGGCGCAGUUGCACUGCUACCGGAAAACUAGCUUAUCCACUUCCGCGGGAGACAGAACGACAGAACUCACGGAGAUGAUCGGGCGAACGGCCCUGGAUGCGGUUACCCAGGCGCCGGGCGAAGUGAUUGUGGCUACCAAACCCAAGAUACUCUUCUGCGACCUGCGGCUGCUGCCCGGAGAGACCAAGAUGUAUUUUUUUAAUGAAUUCGUUCCACGAGAUGGUCCACCAACCUACAGGGGUCAUAACAUCCGCUACUUCUACAAGAUCACUAUUGCUACGCAACGGGUCAAGUCAAAGGUGCAAACUCUAGCCGUUCCCAUCCGAGUGCUGCCUAUACCUAUAAUUUCCCGCCCGGACGAGCUUCCCGUAACCGUAGAGACCAACGAGGAGCUGGCACCCACUAAUCCCUUCCUGGAGAAGCGCGAAAUAAGCGAACUGGAGAUAUCCUGGCACCAUCUUAAAAACGUGACCGCUCGACGGGCACCCAAGUUUUAUCGCAUCUCGAACAAGCGGGGAUUUGUUGGUCGCUUUUGCUUGUUUAAGCCGGCUUACAAACUCGGCGAGGACAUAGUUGGCAGCCUUGACUUUGACCCAGGUGUUAGCCCCCGCAAGGUGCGCUGCGUUCAGUUCUCUGUAAAACUUCAGCAGCAGGAGCUUCCCAUACGGCCACAACCUGUGCAGAAUCAUCAGCUUCAAUCCCAAUUGUCUACGGGAGAUGAUGUCUCGUCAAUUAAUUCAUUUGAUAUGGCCAGCAUAGCUAGCGGUGUGGUUGCCGAUAGUCUCCACAAGUCGGCCACAUCGGGAAGUUCACGGGAUAAAGAAGCUCCUGAGCCAAUUGGGAAACUAUCUACCAUUUCCACCUCUCACCAGGUGUGCUAUGCAACACUCCAGACGCAGGUUGUAGUGCCGAUUCCGUUGCAUGUAACACCCACAUUCCGUACAGAUCUUGUAGACGUCCGGUGGCGUUUACAUUUCGAGUUUGUGACCACCACAUUGAUGGACUUUGGUAUUCCAAAUCCAGAGUUUGGCGAGUUAAAAGCACCCGCCGAGAUGCCGGUGGAGACAAUGGUGUGGAACUUGCCGGUGACCAUAUACGCUGCAAAUCCCCUACAGAUAUAUGCCCCUAACCAAACCUUUAGCCUGCUUAUCAAGUGAUUGCCUAGCAUUUUACUGUUACAAUAAAGAACUGGUUAACCAAAAUUAAAGUAAUUUCAAAAAAAUCUUCCAGUUAAGACGUAAAGUUAUUGUAUACAGAAAUAACAGAAGCAGAAAUUACUAUUUACUUAGACAAAGUAGUGACAUUUGAAGGUAGAGGCAUUGCAUUACUUGCAGGUCUGAAAACUUGUUUUCAUAGAGCAAACUGUUUAUUGUACUCGUGAAAAUUAGCGCCUCAGAAUAAAAACCGUUUUUCUCCUGUUUA